AUCAAAUCAAUUCCUGUAGUUUAUAGGUCUGGUCAUCAGUUUUUCAGUUAAUUGUAAGAGUACGUUAUUAAAGUUUCUUAGUUCAUCUUCCGAUAGAUUAAAUUAGAUUCAUGCGACCAGACUUCAAAUCGUUAUUCAACACAUUGAUUCAAGUCGAGCAACGCUAGAUAGCAAAGCUUGACAAUAAUAAUUGAUUAUUGAAUCAUCAUAGUUCAUGAAUGUUUAGAAAUAUUGAUUGUAUUUUGACUCGCUUGAUUGGAAUAAUAUUGAUUUGUCGAUUCAAUCCAGUUCAAUCGGCAAAAGUGAAUAAGUGAAACACAAUUAUCACUUAAAUUGCUCCGUAUUAAUUCUCAUUUAUGAUUGCUCACUCUUGUAUUGAAAAAUGUAAAAUGAUUUAUUUUCAAUUCCAAGUCACUGUACAUGGAAGCUGUGUUAGAAAGUGUAGGAAUGAAAAUUUUCGCACUCAUCAUUGCUGCAACAUCCAUAUAUUUGGUACAAGGUACUCGUAGAAUUGGUUAUUUGACGACUCUGAACCCACGAUGGCAUCCUAAUUGGCACCUGGUGAAUACCAUCAAUUGCGGUACCCAGUAUGAGAAUCUCAAUUAUACAGAUGUCCCUGAAUUAACGACAGCUAGCAGAAAUGCAUUAAGAGGAGAGUAUCCUUGGACGGUACUCAUCACAAUACAGAUAAAUGCCACAGCAGAAAAGAGUGAUGAGUUCAAAGAUUGCAUGGGUACAAUUAUCACAAAACGAUACGUGCUGACCGCAUCGAGCUGCUUCACCAUUUUCGGCACUGAUCCUGUAAUACCUUCAUCUGUGAGGAUAAGGGCUGGACAAGUAACAAUGGAUACUCACUGUGAUAUCUACACCAGAUGUUAUCCAGAUGGACAGUAUUAUUACGCUGAAUCAGUGAAAUUCAACUUUGCCAAUAAACCAGCUCAGGAGGGCAAGAAUAUCGCACUCAUUAAAAUAUCAAGAGACAUAAUUUUCGAUGAUUUUGUGGCACCAGUUUGCUUGGAGCAUAAUACUCUUCUGGAGCAAGACUAUUAUGGUGAAGACGCAAUCAGGGUAUCUGGAUGGGGCAUCAACGCACCAGUCAGGAAUAACAGUUGGUACAGCAAACUGUUAACAUCCCAAGUGAAGGUUCUCACAGAAAAGCAGAACGAUGUUGUCUACAAUAUCUUGCCAAGUACGUUCAGAAGUGUGGAGAAUUACGCGACUUAUUUCUGUGUGGGGAGCCCGUCCAAUGAAACCCAGCUUGAUGUCGACGCAGGAGGUCCUCUAGUGGUGAAAAGACUGAUUGCAAAGGAUGGUUUUGCGCGGUUCUACCUUUUUGGGAUUCUCUCAUUCAAGGCCAGCAUUUUCUUACCUCCCUAUGGAUCGGUUAAUGUCUACACCAAGGUCAGAAGCUAUUUCGAAUGGAUACUGACUAAUAUUGAUGCUUGAGUGUUCAGUCAGCUUCUUAUAUUGGAAAAGUUGUCAACUAUUGAAAUAAAAUAGGCUAUACUUUGAAAAUUA